UUGGUAGCAACGUCAGCAACGUUUGUUGGUUUGUGCACCGUGUCACCGACGGGUUCGGAAAAUGGAAUACGGCAACGCUGAGCGUUCAUCGUCGUACGCCGCGUCAUGUACGGUUCCUCAAGGCGACGAAAGGGGGAGAAGCGACCUGCCCCGAAAUAUCUUGACCAACGUGCCCAGCGUCUCGAACGAAACGAUUCGAGUCAACACAGGGACCUUGAACGUUUUGCCCAACAGAAGCUGCGUCGAUUUCGGAGACGCUUGGCGCCUACCUAGUGCCUGGAUCCGACCGGUCGUAGGUAGCUCAUGGCAAGGCGGCAACUGGCCAUCAUUCGGGUUCGGUCAGCAGCCACCGGGGGCAGUUGGCGGUCGUGGACAAACUCCGUCGAUGCCGUUACCCAGCCGUCAUGCUGCACCACAGCAGCCUACGUUCCCUUACGGUCGGGAACGCAAUCCAGCUGCUUCUGUUGAUCACAGAGCGCCCUUGCACCGAGGCAGGUGGCCGUAUUCCAACGAGGCGCCGUACCACAAUCGCGAGUCGCCUUACCGGAUAACACCAGUGCGCGGUCAACGCCCGCUGCUGCCCGAUGACCGCCAGCACGCUCCUGGCAAUACAACGUGCACAUCGCUUUCAUCGCACCGUGAGGUCGCGGCAGGCCGGGCUCCCAAGAGCCUUCCCGCACCUGGUGCGGCUGCAGACAAUCCCGACGCGGUGUCAGCGCGACGUGAAGCUGCGCUGGCCGUACAAUCGGCGCUGACACAUUCUGGAGCUGGUGACGCUCCGACAGCUGCUGCCAAAGGGAGCAUUACAAUUUGUGACAACGCCGGGCAACCUUCGAGGGAUUUUGACCCGUCCCACUCAACAUUAGCAUCAAAGGAUCGCGACGGCAUGCCAAAAAAGCGGCUGUGCGCUUUCUCCUCUUCGACUGGGGCCGACCGACGAAGCUACGACCGGCAAGUUUCGAACGAUUGUCCAGUGGAAAAUGCCAAAUGCGAAGGGGAAGAUGACGGUCUCAUUUUGCUGGAUAUGGGUUGCUACGAGGAGCCUACAGCGUCCGUGCCCCGCCAUUGUUCGUGCUGACAAAACGGAUUACGUGGUGAUUUCUAGCGAUGAUGACGACGUCAUUGUGAUUGAGCCACGUCGAAUCCAUCCAAUCGGCAAAUUCAAACGACGGCGGUAGUGGGCUUGUCCCGGUUGGGUGACGAUCGACUUCCUCGAAGCUGGAAACAAGCGUUUCGGAGCAGUGCAAGGAAGUGGACUCCAAUAUCGUCUCACCGAUGGCGGCAGAGCCGCGGUGAAUGCCCGGUAUCGGACACAUGACAAGAGCUCGAUGGAAAUUCCCUCUUAUUUAUGUGGCCCAGUUGUGGAAAAAGUGAAGUGCCAACCCUAGAAAAUUGUGUUCUAAAUUUAAGGCUUUUAGGUCGUAUAAGGAAAAGAAAAAAAAAUCUGUCAAAUUCUAGGGAAAUCUGGCUCUAUGACACCGAGGAGGAGGAAUAAAGGUUU